AUGUCUGUUCUCAGCGUCUCCGUCUCAGGAAGCCAUGACUUUUCGAAAUGCACCGCGCCAAACAUUACCUUGGUUGAAAACCUAGGAGUCAAAGGCGAUGCACACUUUGGAACACAUGUACAGCAUCGUUCUAGGCUUCAUAUAAACCCGCCACCUCAGAACCUGCGUCAGGUUCACCUUAUGCCGUAUGAGAUGCUCACGACCGUUAAUGUCAAGCCCGGCCAGCUUGGCGAAAACGUUACUACGGAGGGAAUAGACCUUCUGGCUCUCAGCAAGGGGACGAAACUCCGUUUUGUGGACCAGAAUUCACCGACCGCAGACUCUCCGGUAGUCACAGUGACUGGACUGAGAAAUCCGUGUCCUCAGAUUGACAAGUUCAGAAGUGGGUUGAAGGAGCAUUUCAUAGUUCGGGACUCCAACCGGACUAUAGUUGACCGAAAGGCUGGAAUAAUGGGAGUUGUGGAGGCUGGUGGUGAUAUUAGGCCCGGAAUGACAAUUGUUGUAGAGCCACCAGCGGUUUUUGAAAGGAUGGAAUGUGUGUGA